AUGGAAUUCCCCCCGAGGGGGGGGACGAAACAGUGCCUUGGAGACGGAAGAACGUGCGCGUGGCACAGUUGGCGGCUCGACGGUGCCGAUUGCCAGCCGCCUGCGGGCAUACUGGGGUAUGGAUUCAUGGUUCCGGCAGCACAGCGACCGCCUCUGCCACCGCAGCAGAACCAGCCUCUACCACCGCAGCAGAACCAGCCUCGGCCACCGCAGCAGAACCAGCCUUGUUGGCCACCGCAGCAGCACCAGCCUUGGCCACCGCAGCAGCCGCCGCCGCAGCCGCCGCCGCAGCCGCCAUCGCGCAUAGAGCGGACACACAUCAAACAUGGCUGGGUCGAAUACACCCGUUUCAAGGGCGAUGCUCUUGAGGUCAUUUGCGACCCCAACGGGAACUGGAUAUCUCUCCGUCGACCCCAUGGUAGGCCCGGCCCUCCGCCUCCCGGCUCUGCGCCGCCCGGCCCCCCGCCCGGGGCUCAGCGGUACUAG